AUGUCUAACCCUUGCGGCAUACCUGUUCAUGGGAAAGGCUAUGGGAGCAAAUCCAGACAGAAAACCACACUCCACCACCUGAGUUGCGGUCCAGUAAUAUCAGUCCAAAAAAAGUAUGCACAUACCGACUCGGACGUCACCCGGGUGAACAAGGUCCGCGCUGCAGCUUUGGGGACUAGAGGCUGCAGUGUAAAGUAUGCUAUUGAGUCCCAGAAAGAUAGACUGAAGAUGGGGUUGACAGUUGGAGUUUGGAAUGUCAGGUCAUUGUGGCAGACAGGGGCUUACGCGUUGAUGAAGAAAGAACUUGAACGAUUCAGAUAUGCUGGGGUUGGUCUGUGCGAGGUCCGAUGGACAGGAGGUGGAGAAAUGGAAGGUGGGAAGAUAUUAUGGUCUGGAACAGAGAGGGAGCACGUCUAUGGAGUUGGAAUGGGAUACCCGAGAGACAUUGAUGUGGUAGUGGCCUAUGCUCCAACAAUGGAUCACUUGGAUGCAGAAAUCGAGGCAUUCUACGAUCAACUGGAGCAAACAUUGAAUGUACUGCCAAAGAAAGAUGUUAAGAUAAUCGCCGGAACGCAAAGAUCGGAAGAGACAAUAUUGGUUUUGAAGAAGUCAUGGGAAAAUACGGUAUAG